AUGGCAAACCAGGUAGAGGCUGGCCAGUUCGCGGAACUUUACGCACGCCCAGAGGAGUGCCUCCUAGAGCCGGUGAAGAGCAGUGGUCAGGAAAGGAGAGCUUCUGCUAACAUGGCCACAGGGCUCUGCUUAUUUGGCUGCACGGGGCCCUGGCGACACAGGCCACGCCGGUCAAGCACCUGUACAAGGAGCUUUCGGUGUGCAUGGACUUUCCAGAACCAGCUGAAAAGAUUCAUCAAUUUAAAAGUGAAGCUUACUCAAGGCCCAAGAAAUGUGCACUUUCAUAAACGCCUAAAGAAAUUAAACUAA